AUGGGCUGGCUCGAUGGGUGGUUCGGGAGCUCCAGCAGUGACGAGUCAGACCCCCUGGGGAAGCUCGAUCCCAAGCUCCGCGAGUUCCUUGCCCGGGAGUCCCCCGUCAAGUACACGACUCAGCAAGAGCAGGAACAACAGCAACAGCAACAACAGCAACAAUCACAGGGCACUGCUCCAGGGAAGGCACCCGUACCGACAGCGAAAGUAUUAGCGACCGAAGCCUCCAAACAACAACAGUCCCAAAACGAAGAACAACAACAACAACAACAACAACAACAACAACAACAACAACAACAACAGCAACAGCCAGCCUUGCCACGCGCCUCUCUCUACCAAGAUGGCCGCUACGCGCACCUAUGGAAGAACUAUCGGCCGCAGUAUGAGAUCGAGAACGAGACCAAGACGGACCAUCAGAAGUUGAUGGACGUGCUGGAAGGCUUCAAGGAGCGGAAAGCAAUGAUCGGAAAAGCGGCGCUGGAGAACUGCGCCGAGGAGCAGCUGGAUUGGAGCAACUGUAUGAAGUACAGCAGCUGGGCGGACCGCGCGACCAUGUGUCGUGAUACGGUGAGGAAGUUUGAGAGGUGCUAUAAUAUGCAAUCGAAACUCCUAAAAGCCCUGGGCUACCUGCAAACCUACAACCGCUCGCCCGAAGUCGACGAGGACAUCCAAAUGCACGCCGACGCUUUGUACCACCGGAUGCUCGACCAAGAAGCCGAGAUCGAGAAGUGCAAAGCCGAGGGUCGGUCCGUCCCUGCGUUCCCGUCCCUGUUCGAAAACAGCACCUACAAAAUCCCCGUCUAUCCGACUAAAGCACAGCCCACAGCGGCAACGGCAGCAGCAGGUGCAGGUACAGGAGAACCUGGGAAGCAGGACCCUUACGAACCAAGCCAGGCCAUCAUGGAGUCAUGGCAGGAAAAGCUGGCCAACCUGCCGGAGCCGGAGCGUAUGGCGGAAGAGGAGGCGCUUAGGGCUGAGCAUAGGGCCAAGGCGAUCAUGGCGAAGAAUCUCCAGGAGUUGUGGAACGAGCAGUCCAAGGAGAGAGAGCAGCGUAGGGCGGAGGGUAAGGAGACCAUUGGAGACAAGAUCAAGCGGGUUUUGGGAACGCCGAACUACUGA